UUGAUUAGUGAACAUCAUGGGGAUUGUCACGACACUUGUAAUCAUAUUAUUUAUUAUAUUUUUCCUAAAUCGUUAUUUCCUGAGCUAUUGGAGACGACACAGAAUUCCACAAAAUGACAAUCCUAAUUUUUUAAUUGGAGACAUCAAAAAAAUGUUCUCCGGGAAGUCAACUAUUUAUGAUAUUUUACACGACAUCUACAUGGAAAAGAAAGGCUCAAAAGUGUUUGGAAUUUACUUGUCUUAUCGUCCAGUCCUAGUCAUAAAUGAUCCAGUGCUGAUCCAAGAUGUGCUUAUAAAAGAUUUCAAUACGUUCCAUGAUCGAGGACUUCCAAUAAAUGAAGAAAAAGAUAUUCUUAGUGCUCAUUUGUUCACACUUGGUGGUCAGAAAUGGAGAGAUUUAAGAGUCAAGUUGGGUCCAGUAUUCUCAUCUGGUAAAUUGAAAGGCAUGUACCCACUUAUUCAAAAUAGCGCUAAAGAUCUUGAAAAGCAUUUAAUGGAAAAUGUGAAGAAAGGAAACGACGUUUUUGAGUUCAGAGACUUAUGUGCCAGACUUACAAUCGAUAUAAUAUCAUCUGUAGCAUUUGGCGUAGACAGUCAUUGCAUCAAUGACAAAAACAGUGCAUUUAGAGAUUUUGCUGGUAAAAUAUUUGAAAAAUGUUUGAGGAUGCUCGUCAUUGGAUCUCUUAUGAUAUUUUGUCCAAAACUAUUUAGCAAAUUAAAGUUCAGAUCAGUUCCUUUACAAAAUGAAUUAUUCGUGACUGAAAUGGUCAAAAAUACUGUCGAAUAUCGUGAAAAGAAUGACGUGAAGCGUAAAGAUCUUAUGCAACUUUUGAUUCAGUUAAAAAAUGAUGGAUAUGUGUCAGUAGAUAGAGAUGAACAAACUGAAAAACAGCAACAGAUAAGGAAGUUUACGAUGAAUGAUAUUGCAGCUCAAUGUUAUUUAUUCUUUAUCGGAGGUUUUGACACUUCAAGUUCAACUAUGACUUUCUGUCUUUAUGAAUUUUGUAAGAAUCAGGAAAUCCAGUCUAAAGUUCACAGUGAAAUUGACAAAAUUUUAGAAAACUCCGAAGACGGCGACUUUUCAUAUGAAAUGCUGAACGACAUGAAAUAUCUUGAAUGCUGCAUCAACGAGUCUUUGAGGAUAUAUCCAAUUGCUCCACUUUUGAUGCGUGAGACUAACAAAGACUAUACAUUUUCUGGUACAAACUUGACUGUAGAGAAGGACACGAUGAUACUUAUUCCACUUCUUGGACUUCAUCAUGAUCCUGACAUAUUUGAAAAUCCUAUGGAAUUUAAUCCUGAUAGAUUUUUGGACUCUCCAACUGGAAGUGGAAAGUCAAAGGGAUCAUUUUAUUUGCCAUUUGGAGAUGGACCACGACGCUGCAUUGGAGAACGAAUGGGAAAAAUUCAAGCUAAAUUAGGACUUGCCACAAUCUUAUCGAAAUUUCAUGUUGAGUUUGCUGAAAAGCAAGUUGGUAAUAUUAAGUUUGAUCCUACCAAUCAUUUCCUGUUGGCUACUGAUCAGCCAUUCAAUUUUAAAAUUACACCAAGAUUUUAAAAAGUUUAAAUGGCUGCAGCAUUAUUACAAAAAGUUUAAGUUUCUUAAUUUCAUUUAAGUGUUAAUUUAUAACUAAAAGACGUCCUUUGUUUGAAAUAAAAAAGG